UAUCAAGUUGGCCUAACCCUUUGUUGCGGCCGAUGUGACGCUGGUCCCCGAGGGUCUUCAACAACAUCAGCACAUCACAAUCAUAACAGCAGCAGCUCUUGCUAGUUGCUACGGCACGGAUGCCUCUCAUCCAAUAAGUGGAUCCUCCACCGUUAUGACAAAUUGCUAAGACUAAAAGAAAUGUUGCUUUUCGUCGCUAAAGGGACUUCACUAGUUUUUAAGCGAGUGGCGUUACCUGUGUUACACGUAUACUGCUGAACUAAUAAGAUAACGUAUAGUUAAUUAUUUCGACGAGUAUUUUUUUCUCGGAUCAGAUGGUCGCUAACAUUAGCUGGCAUUGUUGCGGUCCAUAGAAGUAGAGCUAACAUUCGCUAGCUCCUGACUAGUUCAGUGAGCCCGGUUGACAGCUAGCCAGCUACGAGGAGGAGGCUUGCCAAGUUAGAUUGCUGCCUGCCUCGUAUUACUACAGCCGUUACUGGCAUUCAUUCUCACUGUUGAAAUUCAUUCACGGAUGCCUUUCUUUUAUAUAAAACUACGGAAACAAAACGGAGCCAUUACAACGACCGUCUUUGAAGAAGGGAACCGAUGGGUCUCUUCUAGUUGUUGUUCAUAGUGUUGGUUGUGUUUUUUUUACAGAAUAACGGACAGUACUAUAGCUAGCUCAUGUUAGCUGGUUGGCUAACCUUUUUAGCUAGUGAAAGGAAGAGCGGCUAGGUCGCUAGCCUGGGGAAAAGCCUUCCUCGCUGUGGAGGAGUGGAGGGACCAGUCAGAAAAUCGACUUGGAACGGAGAAAAUACUGUGUGAUGGCAAACGAGACAAUCAUUCUCAACGUGUAUGACAUGUAUUGGAUCAAUGAAUACACAGCCAAUUUGGGUAUCGGCGUCUUCCACUCAGGAAUCGAGGUCUAUGGCAGAGAGUUUGCCUAUGGAGGUCACCCGUACCCAUUCUCAGGGAUUUUUGAGAUCACGCCUGGCGACGCCACCGAACUGGGAGAGACAUUCAAGUUCAAAGAGUCGAUCAUUCUGGGCAGUACGGACUUCACGGAGGAGGAUGUGGAGCGGAUCGUGGAGGAACUGGGAAAGGAGUACAAGGGCAACGCCUACCACCUCAUGCACAAGAACUGCAACCACUUCUCCUCAGCACUGUCUGAGAUCCUGUGUGGCCGUGAGAUCCCGCGCUGGGUGAACCGACUGGCCUACUUCAGCUCCUGCGUGCCCUUCCUCCAGAGCUGCCUGCCCAAGGAGUGGCUGACCCCGGCUGCCCUGCAGUCCAGCGUGAGCCAGGAGCUCCAGGGUGAGCUGGAGGAGGCUGAGGACGCCGCCGCCACAGCCUCCACUCCUACCUCCACCUCCGCCGCCGCCGUGGCGCCCUUCCCCCGGCCCAGUCGACAUCAGCCACGCCGGUAGUCCAAGCCCAGACCAGACCAGCCGAGUCUAGCCUAGCCCAGCACGCACCCGGAAAACCCCCGCCCAUCCCUGCCUUUAGCCACUCCUACUCCCAACACCACGCCACACCCGCUCACCAGACCCCCCCUCCACCCCCUGCCCUGCUCGGCUUUGACAGACGGACAGGGCCGUCUUCCAAUGGGAGCUGCCCGAGGGAAACACUCAGGCCAAUCGCCUGACCCCAACCAGCUGGAACUGCUCAGAGAUGCCACAGUGCCCCCUGGUGGUAGAGAUACAGCAACAGCCAGGGACCAGGAGCUGGCUGCAGGGACUAUGGACCUGAUAUUCUAUGUUUGUUUUACUUUGUUUUGUUUUGUUUUGUUUUGUCUUUUGUUUGUUCAAUACUCCUUGUCAGAGAGACGAAUACAAGCUGAUGUCAAGUUUGUUUCUUUUUAAGGCCUUCUGUUCUACACGCUCAGGACUCAGUGAUGGUGUCACUGAAAAGAAAGACAGACUUCAAAACCUGUCCUGUUCUGAGUUUUUUUUAACACAACACUUCUUUUGUUUUUCAUUUACGUGUAAUGUAGGUUGCACCUGGUUCUGACAUCUCUGGAAUGAGCUUUUUGUUUACAAAGUGUGUGUGUGUGUGAGUAUGUGAGCGUGUGUGGCUGUGUGUGUGUGUGUGUGUGUGUGUGUGUGUGUGUGUGUGUGUCAGCUGACAUUAAGCCACCGGGAACAACCACCUUUUUUUGUGAAAAACAAAACACACACACACACAAGCAGCUGAUGUCUCCCCACUUUGGUGGUCGUGCCUCAAACUUUUUACCGUUGGCCCGUGCAGCUGGAGAUCUCCUCUCUUUUCUUUCUAUCUUUCUGUAUCUCUACUCUCCAGCCCACGGGCUCAUUGCUACCCUGCAGAGACGUCAGAUGUUUUACACUGCUAGCUUUCUAGUCUUAUAUCUCUGAGACAAUAUUUGUAUCUUGUUUUAAAAUUAUUAAAGAGAAGAUAUUGAAAUUAUA